AAGACACCUUUAGAAGUACUUGAUAAAGCAGCCUUUUCACUAGAUGAAUGGGAACGCACUUAUUCCAUUGAGGAUAAACAAGGUGGUCUUGCCUUGGUUUUGGGAGCACUAUAAUCCCGAGGAAUAUUCUAUUUGGAGAGUAGAUUCAAGUUCAAUAUGAACUAACCUUAACUUUCAUGUCUAAUAACCAAAUUGGCGGAUUUUUCAACAGACUCAGCGGCUCUGGUAAGUACAUGUUUGGUUCUAUGAUGGUGCAUGGAGAAAAUAACAGCAACGGUAUCACAGGUGCUGUCAUGGUCAGAGGCCAAAGCUAUUUACCAGCCUUCAAUGUCGCAUCGGAUUGCGAAUUAUACAAGUACACCAAGUUAGACACUUCCAAAUAA